ACAAAGAGAAAAAUAUUUUCGCCAACUUAUCUCAACCCCAGCACACUUACAUCAGUAACCAAGGCGACUUAUUGACUUAUUAUUCCCUCCACUAUCUUUAAUUGCCUCCAGCAUUAAUAAUAAAGACACCCAGCGGUGCCCCUGCGCAGAUAACUCCCUCGUUACCCCCCGGCUAGCGACGGAACUAAAUAAACUCAUUUAUAUCGUUAUCACAGAGGUCCCAGCCUGACCCCGCUUGCCUCACCCGUCUGUUGCUGAUACAAAAAACAUAUAAAUUCACUUUAUCGCGACCACACUCCUCAGUACCUAAUCCGCUGUCCUCCAGUGCACACGUUACUUACUAGCUUCACCUUUUGUUCGAAAGCAGUCUGAAUACCCGUCCGUUCAUUCUGUACUCAUGGCUAAAUUUGUGAACUACAGUGACUUCUUAUCCCCUUACUAAACGUUUGUGAUCCGAGAGAACUGUUGGAACUAGAGUUGGGUGUGUUUCGCCGUCGCGGUCUCCCGGUGGCGUUGCUUCACGGGGUUUCAGUGAUUCUUCUACAAUUCGCGCUGGCAAGAGCAUACAUGCAUCAAUAUUCCGAGGAGCUGUUGCAAAAAAUGACCAUAACCCUCAUGUACCGAGUCAACCCGAUCUACUACUCAGACUAUUCCGAUACGAUUUAGACCCAAACUUGAAGCUUCAUAGGAGAGAAAGCUUCUGCCAUUGGCUCUACAAUUUCGAACACAAAAAGUUCGGCAUCUACUCCAAGGAUAUUACCUGACGAUAACUUCCCUGCAGUCCCCUGUACUAGACUGCAGCAGAAUGGAUAUUGUUGCUAAUUACCACCCGGUGAUCAAGGCGUUUCUGGCCGGUUCCUUCUCUGGAACAUUCAGCACCAUCCUGUUCCAGCCGCUGGAUCUCGUGAAGACCAGGCUGCAGAACCCGGGGCUCAAUGUCGCCGCCGCUGUCAACCGAAUCCAGCCGGGAAUGAUCACGAUCUUCGCGAACAUCGUCCGGCAAGAGCACAUCAUCGGGCUAUGGCGCGGCAUGGUCCCGUCCGUGGCCCGCUGUGUGCCCGGAGUCGGCCUGUACUUCUCGUCGCUCCAUUGGCUGAAAGGCCAGUUGGGAAAAGGCCGGAAUGAGCCGCUUGGGGCGGUUGAAGCGGUCAUGUUGGGCGUUGUGGCGAGGACCAUGAGUGGGGUCGCGCUUAUACCGAUGACUGUUAUUAAGACCAGAUUCGAAUCCGGCGUCUACAAGUACCCCAGUCUGACCGGCGCCCUGACUGCCAUCUACAAGGCGGAGGGUCUCCGCGGGCUGUCCUGCGGGCUCGGGCCGACGCUCGCGCGCGACGCGCCCUUCUCCGGGCUGUACCUCAUGUUCUACACGCAGGCCAAGCAGGUCGCGCCUAAAGAAUGGCUGCAAUCCCCGAGCACAGCGAGCUUCGUCCACUUCACGAGCGGCUUGCUAGCGGGCGUGGCGGCGUCUCUGGCGACCCACCCCGCCGACGUGCUGAAGACUCACAUGCAGUUGUACCCGGACAAGUUUCCGAACGCGUUCAGCGCCGCUGUUUAUGUGCAUCAGACCUACGGUGUCCGCGGAUACUUCAAAGGAGCGGUCCCGCGCAUGUUGCGUAGAACUCUAAUGGCGGCCAUGGCUUGGACCGUAUUCGAGGAGAUAACCAGAUCUAUUGGCUUAAAAUGAUACAAUUUCAGAGAUUAGUACCUAACCUGAGCCAUGGUUUGAUAGUUGGCGAAAACAGUUGGAAGGUUUUGUUACAUACAAAGUGGCGCCCUUAGCGGCGGAUACUGUAAAACUAAUGGAUGAAGUUGACAAAUGAAAAUUUCAAUAUUUUCACAAACGUAAACUAUCAAAGCACAAGGCAAGGGUGUAAUUUUGUUUUGCGCACAGUUUAAACUUAGAUUUUUAGCCCGUAUAUUGUUCCUUGUUUAAUCAUUUGAAAUAAUUAUUUAUUUAUGGGAAUUUAUGUAUAUUAGUUCUGUUUUGCCUUCGUAGGAAAUAGGUUUCUGUGUGUAGUUGCUAGUUUUUUAGUUCCUAUAUGACUUUUGUAUUGUUAUAAUAACCAAUAGUUAUUGUUUGCACUCUAGUAUAUGACAGUGCCAUUAUGUACCUUAGCGUGAAGCUUGUAAAGUCUAUAAUGUCUUGAAGAUUGUUGUUGAAACAACGUGAUAAGAAAUAAUGUUACCUUUAAUGGUAUCCGAUUUUAUUUUGUUACUGUUUGACUCAAAUUCAACAUGUAAGACAUAAUUGUGAUAUUUUUAUACAAAUAAAUGCGUUAAAUUAA